AACUGAGAAAGCAUCAUGUUUACCACACUCGUCGCUGCUGCCCUCGUGGCCCUUGUCUCUGCUGACGGCAUUCCAGACUUCGUUGUUCCUGGAAGAUGCGCUAAAGUGGCCAACCAAGACAAGUUCGAUCUUCGCAGGUACUCCGGCCGCUGGUAUCAGACCCAGAUCAUCGACAACGCCUAUCAGCCAUACACUCGCUGCAUCCAUUCCAACUACGACUACUCUGACUCUGACUACGGCUUCAAGGUGACCACAGCUGGAUUCAGCCCCAACAACGAGUACCUCAGACUGCAGGGCAAGAUCUACCCAACAAAGGACUUCCCAGCUGCCCACAUGCUCAUCGAUUUCCCUACCGUUUUCGCCGCUCCUAUGAAGUGUCGAGACUGA